CGGAAUCUCGCCGAUCUCGAGACGUCGCGAGACUUCAGCUUUGUCGGAAAAGGAUAUUUUGCUUCAGAUUUUUCUUCUUUCGCUGCCGGAAGGAGCCGAAAUAAGCCCGAAAGAAGUAACAGACGCGGGCUGCAAUGAGUGAGGAUAAUAACGAGAUCAAAGGAGAGCAGGAAGUGGAUCUCAUGGAAGAACUUCUGGACUCGGCAGAAAACUUUGAUGAACUGAAUGAUGUUGCCGAUGAUAAAGCCAAUAAACGCCGCAAGAAAGUUGUUGACAGUAAGGAUGCCUCAAGUAAGAACAAAAAGGAAGAUUCCAAAGAGAUGGCACUUAAAAGAAGCAAAUUAAAGGAGAAGCAGGAUGCUGCUCGAGUCAAAAGAGAAGGAAAAAAGAAAGUGAAAACUCUUAAGAAAGAUGGUGAAGGAGAUGACGGAGGCAAGAUGGGGGAAGAAGAAGCAGAUAUGGAGUUUGAUACAAGAAGUGAAGCAUCAUCUGACCACCAGUUCUCUGAUGAUUCUGAGAAGGAAGAUAUUGAAGAAGAAAAAGAAACAAGAAAAAGGAAACACAGUGCAUCAGAGACCUCUGUGAAGAGUAAUGACGAUUCCAAGUAA